AGGAGCCAGGCAAGGAGAGCCAGAACAAGAGAAGCAUUUUCCUGGGCUCUUCCAGCUGUUCUGUUCAGUCCUGUCGGCAGUUCUGAGCAGGGAAGAGAGUUUGUCAACACAAAUAAGGCAUUUUUCAAAGGCGCAAAUUAUGAGUUACCCAAACAAUACGACAUCUCAACCACAUGGAGAUAUUGAGAGCCCCACAGGUGCAGCAGAUGUGGCUGUUAUUGGAGGUGUGAUUGCUACAGUGGUGUUUGUCCUCAUUUGCCUUCUGGUGGUGAUGGUCCGGUACAUGUACAGGCAUAAGGGCACCUACCACACCAAUGAGGCAAAAGGGACUGAGUUUGCUGAAAGUGCAGAUGCCGCUUUGAAAAAUGACCCUGCUCUCCAGGAAGCAGUGGAUGAGAGCAAAAAGGAAUAUUUCAUUUGAGAAGGAAGGAUUUCCAUGGAGACUUUACCAAGAGAAUGAAUUGGAAAAGCUACAUCAUCAGAAGUGCUAAGUGAUGGAUAAUAUGAGGCAAGCAUCCGAAUUGAAAAAUAUCUCAGAUUUUUUUUUUUUUUCCAUUAAGUUGCUUAAUUUCCUCUUCUGGUGAAGAACAAAAUGCCAGAUACUUGCUUGUUCAUUUUAUUGCCAACACAUCUGGUCACAGUUGAAAUCAAUAUCGGAUAAGAAGAAAUAAAAUCUCAGUAUGAGUGAUACACCAAAACCAGAUAAAGAUAGGAAAUGUCAGGUCUUGAUAUUUGGUGAAAAUAGCAGAUGCCAGUGAAAAAUGUCCUCUUAUAGUUAAUGAUGCAUCCUAUGCUGAUAUGAUACAGAACUAACUGAAAUUGAAUUUCAAAUGGUCACAGAACAAACAUUAAACUAGAUAAAGCUGAUGUAGGUGGAGCAAAAAUAGCUUUGUAGGCCAGAUAUCUCCCCCCUCCUCUUCAAUGUGCAAUUUUAUUGCACAAGGGAGUUAAUUUUAUUUGUUUGGGGAUUUAAAUGGAUUUUUAAUUUUUAAAAAAAAUAUAUAUAAAAAAGCAAAGACAUUUCAAGAAAAUAAAACUGUUGGAAAACAAAGAAAAUACAAGAAUGAAAGAUUAACUCUCAACUUGAUCUGCAUGGCAGGUUGAGAAGUGCAAAAUGUUGCAAUUUACAAUGUAGUAUAUGAUAGUCAGCUGACUUGCAAAUGUGAUUCCAAAUAGUUGCUAGAUUCCCUGCAUGCAUGCAUAAAUAGAUAUUGAAAGGUAAAGCAUCUUGGUUUGAGUCAGCCUUUAGAGACAAUGGAGCUCAGCUUGAUUUUUUUUCAUGUAAGAUAUUUUUACCUAUUUAUUUAUUUAUUUUGCAUUGGAAAAUUCUCUCCCAUGCCUUUCAGCAGGAUUUUGAAGUUUUGCAGGGAGAAGAAUUAAGUUCUGAUGUAGAUACUGAUAAAUUGUGUACAAAUACAACUACAAAGCUGCAUCUCUCAUGCAAGACAUGGGAACAUCCAAAAAAAAUUUCUCCAGUGCAAACAGGAUGUACAGAAGGCCACUAGCCUUUUGUUCCCUUUCAUAUACUCAGAACUACAUAGUGUUAAUCCAGCUUUUAAAGAAAACUGACUUUAGAGGACAGUGUGAGAAAUACAGAAAUUCCUGCCUCCCUUGCAGAUAUUAAAUUCUACUUUUUGCAGCUUGAGCCUGCUGAUUAUCAUUAGACAACUAUGUCAUACCUGAUACACAAGAGAACCUGAAUUAGAGUCUCUUUUGGAGUGUGUGUGUGUGUGAGGUUUUUUUAAUUAUGAAAUGGACUGAGACUGUCUGUAGACUGUCAGACCAACUGUCUGCACUGGAACUACAGAGGCCAGACUUUCUGGUGGUACAACAUGAGUUUGGCCGAGCUCAGUCUUACUAGUCUUGAUAGUUCAGGCAACAUUAUACUUUGUGUGACUGCUUCCCAUAGAAAUAAACUGAAUGCAAUGACUGGUCUUUAACUAUAUCCCCUCUUAGUAGCUUAAUUAUAUCUAUUUAUCCCAUUUUCCCUAUUCAAUUAGGCUAUCAAACAGCCCAAGUGUAUAGCAACAGCUUCCAUGUCAGUAAUAACCACUUUGAAUAUUUGCAGAGCAAUGACUCUGACAAGAGCUAUGCUUUCAGUUAGUUUAAUUUUUACAAUGUACUUUUAAAUUCUAGGGCUUUGUUCAUGGCCUGAGCACAUUGAACAGAGAGAAGAAAUGGUUUAUAGAGAUUUUCUGUUUAAUUGUUUGUUUUUUUUCCAAAGAAAUUUUGCUCUGUAAUUAAGAAAGCUCAUGACACCAGAUGACUGGCAGACUCUAAUGGCCUCAUCUUGUUCUUUUUCACUCAUACAAUAACUCUACUGUCUUGCAUAAUCCAAUUCAGUUGCAAAACUAGUUCAUUACAAGCUUUCUAUAACUUCUAGGACUAAGUACAAAGCAUCUUUCUGCAAGAAACAAGCUGUGCUAUAAUGAGCAUUAUGUACAACACCAAGAUAUCUCAGUCAGCAGCCAUAGCUUUUCAUCAUCAAGAAAUGAAGACAAGGUGCUGAAACAUCUAUAGCUGCAGCAUAAGUAUUAUGGCACCCCUAGCUAUAGCCUGCAAAGAUUUACUCACAGAAUACAGGAAACGCUGAGGCAAAAUGUAAAUCAGCAAAGUGCUACAGAGUAGGAGAAGGUAAUUAGAUACCAAUAGAGACGGAGAACAGCUUUUUAUCAAACAAAUAGAUAUUUGUUUGGAGAAAUCAAAAUGUAUUUGCUGAAGGUAACUGCUGACAACGAACUUCUCUGAGUUAUGUGAGGUGUUCAAAUUCUCUAUGCAUGCAAGUCCCAUGAAAAAAUGCUGAUAAAUGUGCACCAAAACAGUAUUCACAUUAAAUAUAUUAAGAGCCAUUCAUUGCAUUUUCUAGAAUCGUUCAUUUCUUCACAUAAGAAAGCUUUGUACGUUUAAAAAAUGCACAAGUUUCACAGCAGCAGUUUAUAUAAGACAGCAAACUUAUGAAUCCCUGAACAAGCAAUGAAUACCCAUCUGAUAUCUGGAAAUUCAAGUAGUUAAAAAAGGAAGCUAAGGAUACAAAAGAAAAACAUGUUUGGUGAGUAAAAAAUUCCCAUAUUACAAAGGAAGGAAGCUGUUAAGGAGGGUUUUGAAUCUGGGUUAGAAGUGAAUUGUAAUGAGACUGAUAUAAAAAAUACUAAACAGUUUAUUAAAUAUCUAAAGAAAAUUUCCCGAAACUUAUUUACAGUUAACGCACACAGAUUCUAUUAUGCAGUUGGUAAAACUAAUUUUGCAGAAUGUAUAUAUACAGUCAGAUUAAAUUUAAAUGAUCGAGGAAAAGUUUUUAGAGAAAUGUUUACAAGUGGAGAGCCUUGCUGCACAAACUGCUGCUUAAAGGUUAAGCGUAAACUUUCACAAACUUCAGAAAAGAGAGUUACUCACUGGUUAAGAGCCUCAAUAUUUGUAACCCAAAGGUAUAUAUUGCAAUCCAAAGGCAUGAACAAGGAAAAGUAUAGUCCUAACAAUGUGGUGGCCUUCCAUGUGGUGGUGGUGUGCUGAGGCUUUGAUGCUUGUUUAGCUCAGAUUGAGCACGUUGUCAGAGGAAAUCCACAGACACGAAGCAAGUCCUCUGUGACUCUCAGGAAGUCAUCAGAGUGGUCAGCCACCUGAGCAAAGUAAGAGCCAGCUUAGCUGGCUGGAACACUCUGAUAGGGUGCUGUGUAUAGCAAGGAGUUGGUCUUCUGGCUGGAGAGGCGGGAUGGAGCGGUGGACCAGCAGGUCCCAGUGUUGCAACUUGUUGCUAGGUCGUUGGCUAGAUUUGUCCAGAGUAAAACAGACUCCAGCUCAGCUGAGCUCGGGUGGGAAGCUGUAUCCCAGCCUGGGGCAAGUCGUUUCAGUCCCUUGGCUCAGGCAGGCAGGGUCAGGGCUUCCCUUAGUGGGAGAGGCAAGUCCCCAGCUAUGUGUGGUGCAAAGUUUCAUGGAACACAAAGGUAUGCAAGGGAAACGAGUAGUGAACAAAACAAAGGCAUCAGCAGCAAACAAACAAGUUGGCUAGGUUUUCAGCAUUUUGAUGAGUGUCUUUGAUGAAUAGUAACAGAUAAAAACACCCCUAGAACCAAUCUUAUUUCACCAAAAAAGAGAGAUGCACAUGCCUAGCAUAUGUGACCUGUGUUUACCACAGGUAAGCAAGAAAGCAGGUUGCAAAACAAGGCCAAAUAUGAUGUCUGUGAUAGACUGAGAGGUGCCAUGGCUUUUGUCUACUUCCUGUGCUUCUUCCACCUAGGAAAAAGAAGGGGGAAAGGGGCACGAAGGUGGGUAUUCAGGUAGGUGUUUAGGACAUGUCAUGGAUAUGUACUCUAGGUAUAAUUUGGACCUUCCACCACAGUAACAUUUGUAGUACUUCUGUAGUUCAAAAUGGUAAUAUUUUCAGUGGCUGCAAAUAAGGAAUCCUUACUCUGUAAAACUGUUCCCCAUGUGGUUGGGGAAAAAAGUCCCAUUCAGUUCAGCAAGACAAUACCACUGAAUAUGUUAAUCCUUACCACCCAGCCCAGAAUGAAAUACAAUAAAUUAAAGUAGACAUGUUUGUAAAUGUUGAUCUUUCAGAAGGCCCCUUGCCUUCUCAUCAUUUUUGUGUUGUUUCAAACUGUAUGUAUGAUGGAUGGAAAGUAUCUUACAUAUUGUAUUAAAGUCUAUAUGAACUGCAGCAUUGCUAUGACAAGAGAAGAAUAUAGAGCAUUCCAAGCUUACUGCUCGCUGUGUGUUAAAACUGACUAUAAUAUUUGUAUUUACCAAAGAUAUUCAUACAUAGCAACACAGAAUCAACCAGGUUGGAAGAGACCUCCAAGAUCAUCCAGUCCAACCUAUCACCCAGCCCUGUCCAAUCAACUAGACCAGGGCAAUAAGUGCAUCAUCCAGUCUUUUUUUGAACACAUCCAGGGACAGCAGUGACUCCACCACCUCCCUGGGCAGCCCAUUCCAGGCCAGGAUGCCAUUGGCUCUCUUGGCCACCUGGGCACACUGCUGGCUCAUCUUCCGCCUACUAUCUACUAGUACUCCCAGGUCCCUUUCUUCCUGGCUGCUCUCCAGACACUCUGUCCCCAGCCUGUAGUGCUGCUUGGGGUUGUUGAAAAAGAAAUAUAACAUUUUGGUAUAUAUAAGAAGGAGUGAAACUUCCAAUAAAUCAAACUAUUCUCCCUGAGGGAAUAUUACCCUGUGGAUGUCAGUGUGGACCUGAACACUGGUCUAUUGUUUAAGACAGGCUUAAAAACAUCUAGUUGGUGUUUACUGGUGGAGAGCCUGCCUUCCACCCACUUGUUACUAAAUAUAUUAUUUUUCAUUCUUUCCAUAUGAUUUCUCUUUUAUUUCAAUUAAAGAAUAUUCAGAGGCUAUGUUUAGUAUAAUUUGUAUUGCUAUCUUGCCACUGCCACUCCUUUUUAUCAGAGAUCAUUGUUGUCACUGAGCAAAAGCCCAACACAGUAGGUCUUUAAGUAAUGUAAUUUUGCGUCAGAUUGUCUCCAAAAAGUGAAAACCUGGAAGAAACCAGAAAGACAGUGAAUCAUCUCAGUUUUAAGAUCCAUAAGGCAAAAAGCUGUAAGGUCAUCUCUUCCAAUGCACCUUUGAUGUAACUCUUAAACCUUUUGCAGCCAGUCUUGCUACAGCUACAUAUAGAGUGAUUUCCUAAUUUCUGAUGAUUCAUAAACAACUGGAAGACCUGAGUGGUCACUCAGUUUGCAGUAUCUUGGAGAUAAAGUAUUUAAUCUCUCCACUUGAAAGCCUUUCUCUGUGUAAUAUAUAGGUAUACUGAUAAAAUGUAACUCUUUCUUGGUUACUGGGAACUAUCCUCUUUAUUCAUUCUAACACCUAAUGGAGUGAUCAAUAGCAUUUUAAUAAAGCCUUCUGUAAGUCAUAUUUAACUCAAAUAUGAUUUUAUACUGUAUUUCAA